AUGUCACAACUGGAUCUGGCUCUGUACUGUGGUGAUACUGACGGGGUGAAACGACUUCUGAGCGUUGGUAGUUAUGACGUCAACGGCAAGGAUAAGUUUGGGGGGUCUAGUUUGGAUGGACUUCUCUGCACAGGGCUGAAAGGCAAUGCCGAGGUGGCGAAACAACAGGUACUCCUGGACAGCGGGGCUGAAUUAAAUGCCCAGGACUCGUAUGGCAGAACUCCUUUACAUCGGGCAGCAUGUACACGCGAUGAAAACACUGUGAGGCUUCUCCUGGAGCGUGGAGCUGAUCCUAAUAUCACCAAUAAGGAUGGCAGAACUCCUUUACAUGCGGCAGCGAAAAAAGGCUGUAGAGACAUCGUGAAGCUUCUUCUGGGGCGUGGAGCUGAUCCUAAUAUCAAGGAUAAGACCCAUCUUUUCCAAAAAGUAAUGACUGCAGUGAGUGAACAAGUGUCUGUAAGAGACAUCCGCUUCUUGGCGCGAAAGCAGCUGGGAAUACUUAACUCCAAGCUGGAGAACAUCAGAUGUCAGAAUCCAAAUGAUGCAAGGGAGGAGGCAUUCCAGAUUCUGUGGGAGUGGAUGAAAACAAAAGCAGGGACCACAGUCCAUAACCUGUUCAAGGCUCUGAAAGACCAACAGUUGAAUGCGUGUCUGGACACAGUCAGGAAUAAGUAUUCCUCGUUAUUGAAUGACAUAUGGGCCAUGGCAGAGGACAAGUUCCAAAAGUUCUUGUCUUCCCUUCCACCUGCUAUGUCAAGCACAAGUGACGUCACAUUGUCCAACACGAUGGAGAUGAACCUGAGAUGCUACGUUUCGGAUGACUUGAAUUUUUUGUAUGUUCCAUUGGAGAGCUUCAACGCCAAUGCCAAGGGGAAUGAUAAGGACAGCGUCAAAGCCGUGGUCAAGUAUCGCUUCGCUGGGAAGGCCGUCUGCCGGAAUGAGGCUACAUUCGUUAAGAUGGUGGAAUGA